GCCGCCGAACACUUUGCCACUUUGGUUGUUCUUGUUCAUUCUUUCCACGCUCCACUCUCCGCUUUACCAAAGAUUUUUACAAUUGCCCAAUCUUAAACACUUUCGCUAUUUUUCUUCGAUUUCUUCUUUUCUCGAUCACUCUAAUUUGGUUCAAUUCAAUCUCAAUCUCAUUCUCAAACCCUAUUUUCGUUGUUUUCCAGAUGGUUUUUAAAUUAGGGUUUGGUUUAUCAAUUAUUUAGUAUAAAUAUUAUUUGAGGUUUUCGCUCAUGGCCUCUCGUCGUGAUUCUCAGCCUGGUGUAAGAAAGGUUACUACUUCUGAUGAUCAACACUUUGGUGAUACUGUUCCUAAUGAAGAUGAUGCAUUAAUCAACAAUGACGCUUUUGAAACUCAAGUUAUGGACUUUGAUUUUGAAACACAACCAAUAGAUUUAGACGAUGAAACGCAAAUUUUCGAACUUGCUGGUGAAACCCAACUUAUGGAUAAAUGCAAUUUAUUUGAGCAUAUGGAUACCCAAGUGCUAGAUGUGUUAGAUAACGAGGAUUGGGAGUGUACAAGUGAUAGACGAAGGGAUGAAGAUGAAGAAACUCAAUUAAUAGAUGAUUUGGACAAUGCCGAGUUGCAGGACACAGGUGGUAACCAAGUAACUCCCCUUGGGGAAAAUCGAAAUUCUUGUUUUCGCAAUGGUUAUGUUAAUGGGGCUAAAGAAGAAUCACUGCCUUCGGAUAAUAUAGCCCCGUGUUCUGGUUCUUUAAAAAGAGGAUUUCCCUCUGUUCGCACAGCUUCUUUACGGAAAGCUGGUCUUGCGGCACUUGAAAAAGCUUCAAAAAACAAUGGACCUAGUUCUACUAAUUUCAGCAGUGUAUCUUCUGAACUUCAUCCUUCUGAGAAUCAUCAGGAAAUAUCUAAUGUCAAGAAGGUUAGUUUAGAAAAUGAUUCAUCAGAUUACAAAGACAAAAGUUUAUUUGAUGGAAAGAAAAGCAAUGUUGCCAGACCUUUGGAAAGGUACCUAUUUGUGGAAGAGGAUGAUGCUGAAAUGGGAUCUGAUGAUGGCGUCAGGGAUAGAAGAGAAGACUUGUCUCAAUUACCUUGUGAUAAUGAUGCUGCUGGACUAAGCUAUGUAGAUUCGCAGGAGCCAGGAGAAUUAUCACAAGCUAAUGCUCUUGAAUUUGUUGACAAAUUCCUGAAAGUCAAUUUAUUUGAGUCAGAUCAAGGUGAAAAGUGCAAAAGUACUGCAAGUGAACUAGGAAAUCGUGGCUCUAUUGCAAAAGCUGCUAAAUCUGCUAGUCUUAGGAGCGAACUUGCUAAACCUUCAAUAUUUGAAUGGGACGACAACCUUGAGGAUGAAGGAGGUGGUGAGUUCUUCACUAAGACGAAAGAAGUACUUUUGGGGCAUAAAUCUUGCCCUAAACCACAAAGCUCCCGUCAUCAUGAAACUAGCGGAAGUCAAUCUCUUGGAAAAUUACGUAGUGAGAAAGAGCUACACAAUUUACAUGAAACCACGAUAGGCUUUCCUGAUUCUGACUUGAAGUCAGUGAAAGGUGGAAACAAAGUUAAAGUAAAAAAGAUGGAUAUAGUAAAGGAAAUAAAUUCAGGUCAGCAAUUAGCAGCCUUGCCGAAUAUUCAGUCAGUGGAUAUGCAAAAUGUGGGAAUCGACACACAGAUGGCUGCUGAAGCUAUGGAGGAACUUUCAGCUGGAAUUGCACUUCUGAAAAAUAAUAGUGGUGGGUCUGAUCAAGGUUGUCAAAGUAAUACUGGCCAGAGGCAGAAAGAAGCUAUAAAAAGUUGUCCUUCAAAGCAAGGAUCUCGUAAGAAAAGAACAUAUAUCUUUACGUCAGGUGUUGUUACUAGAUCCAGAAUAAAAGAGAUGCUCAUGAAAACUAGGCAACAAUCCAAGUGUUAUUUCACACCCGAGACUCGUGGACAGUCUGUAAUUGAGAAAUUCAAUGCUGGCCCAGUGAAGCCAAAGAAGAAACAGAACAAGUUAAGUCUUAACAAUACUCUAGCGGAAAGUAAGAAGGAAUCAUCAAACACAGGACGAGUGAUUGUUGGUGACAAGAGAAGACAGAGUGCUCUAGAAGGACAACUAACUAAUGAUUCACCUCAACCAUCUAAAAGACAAAGUUUGCAAGGUAAAGUUAAACCAGCUGUUCAGGAAGCUGUGCAGCGUAUGAAUAAUGCUGAUGAUUUAGCGUGCAAUCCAAGAGAAACACAUUUGGAUGGGGGCGUAGACAUCGGAAUAGAAUUUACUCACAGACGGACAAGAUCAAAGAGAAGAAGCAGUCUUCAGUGUGCACAACGUCCAAAGGAUAGGGAAGAUUUGUUUUCCGGUGCAAUGUCAUCAUUUGAAGAUGCUCAUCGGCUGCCUUGCAAGAAGCAGGAUGCAUGUUCUCCUCCUGCCAAAGGAACCUUGGGUUCACCAACGGUUGAUGGUACUCCUGAAAACUUGCAAAAACCAUCUACUAGGGAAGAGAUUACUCCGGUUGGUUUUAAAACUCCAAGUGCAGUAUCGCCAAUAUGUAUGGGUGAUGGGUAUCACACACCAUCUUGCAAAAAGAAGAUAUUACUAAAGUAUGAGGUCACUGGCUUGAUUGCUAAUGAUGAUAGAUAUAGUUCUCCCUUUAAAGGCUUGAGGCAGAGAAGAGAUAUGAAAAAUGUCUGUGUUUUGUUCAGCCAGCACUUGGAUGAUGAUAUUGUUAGGCACCAGAAGAAGGUUUUGUCUUGUCUUGGUGUUGCAGUGGCAUCUACAAUUUCGGAGGCCACACACUUUGUAGCAGAUUCAUUUACACGCACAAGAAAUAUGCUAGAAGCAAUUGCUAAUGCAAAACCAGUGGUUACACCCUUGUGGCUUCAGAGCUGUGGACAAGCUAAUUGUUUCAUUGAUGAGAAAAAUUAUAUCCUUCGUGAUGCUAAGAAGGAAAAGGAAUUAAAUUUCAGCAUGCCAAAGUCACUGGCACAUGCAAGUCGUUACCCUCUUUUAGAGGGUAAAAGAGUCUUCAUUACACCAAAUGUAAAACCAGGAAAAGAAGUAAUUUCAGGCUUGGUUAAGGCUGUUCAUGGUCUGGCUAUAGAAAGGUUGGGUAGAUCCAUGUCAAGUGACGAAAAGCUCAUUGAUAACCUGUUGGUGUUAUCUUGUGAAGAAGAUUUCAGUGUCUGUGUGCCAUUGUUGGAAAAAGGAAUUGCUAUUUAUAACUCGGAGCUGUUACUGAAUGGAAUAAUCACUCAAAGGCUGGAAUAUGAAAGAUAUCGUCUGUUUGUGUCUCAAGUAAAGAAAACUCGAUCUACAUUGUGGCUGAAGAAGGGUGCUGAACAAUUCAUUCCGGUGACCAAAACCAAGUAGAAUGCCCGUCUCACUAAACAUGUAAAUCCUUGUACCCUUUUGUCGAACCAUGUUGUUUACUUCUAGUGUAUAAUGUAACCUGUUUUUUAAAAUCUAGUUACAGUAUCAGCAUUUCAGAUGCGGUUGUAAUCAUUUGUAAUCCAUCUCCAAUACCAUGCAACCAGACCAUUCCGGCCCCUGGCUCCCUCUUAUAUCAAUACUCCCGCGUUUUGCGUUUACUCGUUACAAAUACAGGAUGAUGUAAAUGGCAUUAUCAGAGUGAUUACAUCGGUGUAUUAUUCUCUAAGUUGAAGAAUUUGUCCCUGCUUCAUCUAAAUCAUCCCCGUACCUUUUUCUCCUUAGAGGUUUAUACACCCUCAAAAAUGAGAUUGGAAAUACUUUAUUUCCAUUCAGUUUAUUAUUUACGCGUCGAUUUAAAUCGUGAGAGUUUUUUAGUUAAAGUGUAACAAGCAAAUUGUACUGACGGAUAAAAUUGUUUUUUCCAAUUUUUGUUUCAUCUACAUUUUCUGGAUGCCGAUGAAAUAUCUCAAUUUUGGAUUUACUAGUUCUUGAGGGCGUCUUGGGAGAUAGCUCACCAUCACCAAAAUAUUCUAGGAUCCAGCAGCGUCUGGGAGCAAUCAAGUGGUCGGUUCAUGUGUAUUUUAAGUUCAUUUUGAGGCUUGUUUUUGAAAUGGUUAAAUACUCAUUUCUCAAAUUAGUACGGAAGGACCAAAAAUGCGCUGAGUACCUAUUCUUUUAUAUAUUUUAUGUUACAAGAGAAUUAUGCUUAAAAGAAAA